AUGUCAUCAUCAUCAAGUUCAUCUCGUAAUCAUCAGAAUUAUCAUCAGAAUCGACAAGAUUAUGAAGAUAAAGAAUCAUCGAAUGCUCAAACAAAUGGUUCAAAUGAAAAUAUUGUUCAUAUUAAAUUUCUUUUACCUGGUACGACAACUGGCAGUGUUAUUGGAAAAGGUGGAGAAAGAAUAGCAUCAUUACAAAGAGAAACAAAUACCAAAAUGAAAAUGUCAAAAGCAGGAGAUUAUUUUCCUGGUACACAAGAACGUGUUUGUCUUGUUAUUGGAACAAUUGAAAAUGUUUUAUCGGUCUAUGAAUUUUUAUCAGAGAAAAUAAAAGAAAGUUUUCCAGGUGAUGUUCUUCGAUCACGUCAAAUAAAAUUACUUAUACCAAAUGUAACAGCUGGAGUUAUUAUUGGUAAAGGUGGAUCAACUAUUGAAAAUAUUAAACAUGAUACAACUGCUUCACUUACAAUUACACCAAAAUCUGAUAUGUCUGAAAGAGUUAUGACAAUUACUGGCGAUGAUGCAAUUCGUGUAAAAGCUUUAGAUGUUGUUUUACAAAAAAUUAUUGAAGAUCCUCAUCAUGAUAGUAUAACAAGUGUUAAUUAUUCAAAUGAAAAAAAUUCAUCAAUAAAUCUUUAUAAUCAUUCAUCAACAAUCAAUGAUAUUCCAUCAUUUAAUGAUCAUGGUUCUAAUGGAAAAAAUAAUGGUUUAAUGUCAAUGAAUUCAUCAUCGUAUAUGUCUCUUCAAUUGAGUGGUUUACAACGAUUAUCUCAAUUAAUAAUUAAUGCUGGUGGAACAAAUCAUAUAACAGUUGAUUCACUUAUGAAUUCUUUAACAUCCCUUGGUUUUAUUGAUCCACAUAUAAGAGAAAUAGUUCAAGCAAUAGGUGCUUUAAUUAAUUAUGGAUUAAUAUCAGUUGAUAAUCCAUCUCGAACAAAUAUUUAUUCUCCACCACUUCAAAAUCAUCAUUCAAUUCUUUCAACAAAUUAUAAUAAUUAUUCAUUAUCACAACGUGAUCGUCAAGAUAAUUAUUCUCGAAACAGUACCGAUAUGGAUUAUAAAAGAUUUAAAUCAGAUCAACAACGUACAACAAAAUCAAAACGAUAG